AUGUUUGUUGUUUCUAGACCCAGCAGACACUUCCUAGCCGAUGAGGUCGACAAACUGGUCAGGAAUUUCGAGCUUCUCCGUCCAUACAAGCAGGAUAGUUCAGCAAAGUUUGAACAGGCGAAGACGGAUCUUGUUGACAUAAUGAAGAGACUUCGUCUUCAACAUGAUAAGGAUCAGGAAACUGUUGAGCAGCUGAGGCGUAGACUUAUCGGGUUGGUGACGUCCAAGCUCCGAGCACAGGCGAAUCGCGAUUUUGAAUUAUGUGAUUUUUUUGAUGCAGAUCAUCAAGAUAGUUCGAUUCGGAGAGACAAACUUAAUGCUGAGUUACGUAAAAUGGGAGAAGAUAUAGCCAAAAUGUCCGGGCUAUUGACUGAAGAAUGA